AAAAAAACUGCAGUGUAAACUCGAGGAUAACACGUUCUACGAGUCACUGCAUAAUUAAAACUGCACACUGCAUGAUAAAUUAAGAGAUCGUGUUGAUUAAACAGUGCAUUUAAAAGCACUGGCCAAUUGAAAUAUACGUAGGUUUUAUUGUGGUCCUGUCAAUUGUCAUGUGCUAAAUAUAUAUCUGUCAUAGCAUGCGUUUGUUGGAAGUUGGUGAAAACUUGGAAUAACAAAAAUAUAUUUGGUGGAAGGUAUUGUUUCAAUAUCGUAAACAUACAGAAAAACAUUUAGGUUCGAGGAUGGGUGUGGAUGUAGAAACGAUUUCUCCUGGAAACGGCAGUACAUACCCAAAGGCGGGGCAAACAGUGGUCGUGCACUAUACAGGAACGCUACAGAAUGGAAAGAAAUUCGAUUCAUCUAGAGAUCGUGGCCAACCUUUUAAAUUUACUCUUGGAAAGGGUGAUGUUAUUAAGGGAUGGGAUCAGGGGAUUGCCAAGAUGUCUGUAGGUGAAAGGGCCACAUUGACAUGUUCACCUGACUUUGCUUAUGGAUCGAGAGGCCACCCUGGCGUCAUCCCUCCCAAUGCUACACUUAUAUUUGAUGUGGAACUUCUAAAAGUAGAAUAACUCUUGCCAUUUUAAUAUUAAAUGUUAUACCUAAUGUUACUUUUGCAUAUUAUGAUUUCAAUGUUAAUGAAACAGUAUUCUGAUUUUGGUUUGUGACUUAGUCUAUGGUAUAGUCUAUAAAUGUUGUCUAUGGUUCUGAUUUUUUUAUAAAAUAAGGUUCAAAUGAGUACAAAUUAAAACAGCAGCUAUUAGAUUGUCUGAAUGUCCAGAUUCCAUGUAUUGCAUAAUAUUGUUUGUUUAUUAUUGUUAUGCUUGCAUUAAUUUUGAAGACCCUUAAAUUGUUGCAUUUAUGAGAUUUCAUAUCAUAGAUAUGACAUAUACUCUAUUGACCGCCACUUUGGUACAGUGGUUAUCAUGUGAGUGUGGACACAAGAAAAUCUCAAUCUGGCAGGACAUAGAAGGCUGGUCACCUACAUGUUCAUUGAGAAAAUUUGCUGAGUGAUACACUUGUGUAUAUCAUCUGCCACAUACCCACAAGAAGAUGUACUGGGACUUUGCUUGUAUAUACUAAAUUACAUUGUGUGCACGGCUUUAUUCUAACUGGAAAAAUAAAGUGAUUCCAGAACA